GAGAGAGAGAUUCUCCUCCAUGUUGUAUUUUAAACUCCACCUCUUGUACUUUGAUGUCAGUUCACAGUGAAAGUGAAAGUCAGCAGGUCGUUUUUGUGACGAGAAAAAAAACGAAGCUCUUUCAUGAAAGAUCACAGAUCAAGUUAUGUUUAUACGAUAAAAACAUCUGACUGUUUGUUAUAAUGUCACGGGAGUGUGAGAAACUCCAAUCCUCUGAAAUGAGUGAACAAGAGAAGCAACACAAGAGUAAAACUAAGGAAAGGCCAGUCUCACCUGUAUCCAGCAGCGUGUCUGUCAAGAGUGAUCGCUCAUUGUCAGAUCCUCCAAACUUUAAAGCUGGAACAUCCCCUGUGGAAAGUGAAACUAAGGAAAGGCCAGUCUCACCUGUAUCCAGCAGCGUGUCCGUCAAGAGUGAUCGCUCAUUGCCAGAUCGUCCAAACUUUACUGAAACAUCCCCUGUGGAAAGUGAAACUAAGGAAAGGCCAGUCUCACCUGUAUCCAGCAGCGUGUCCGUCAAGAGUGAUCGCUCAUUGCCAGAUCGUCCAAACUUUACUGAAACAACCCCUGUGGAAAGUGAAACUAAGGAAAGGCCAGUUUCACCUGUAUCCAGCAGCGUGUCCGUCAAGAGUGAUCGCUCAUUGCCAGAUCGUCCAAACUUUACUGAAACAUCCCCUGUGGAAAGUGAAACUAAGGAAAGGCCAGUCUCACCUGUAUCCAGCAGCGUGUCCGUCAAGAGUGAUCGCUCAUUGCCGGAUCGUCCAAACUUUACUGAAACAACCCCUGUGGAAAGUGAAACUAAGGAAAGGCCAGUCUCACCUGUAUCCAGCAGCAUGUCCGUCAAGAGUGAUCGCUCAUUGCCAGAUCGUCCAAACUUUACUGAAACAUCCCCUGUGGAAAGUGAAACUAAGGAAAGGCCAGUCUCACCUGUAUCCAGCAGCGUGUCCGUCAAGAGUGAUCGCUCAUUGCCAGAUCGUCCAAACUUUACUGAAACAUCCCCUGUGGAAAGUGAAACUAAGGAAAGGCCAGUCUCACCUGUAUCCAGCAGCGUGUCCGUCAAGAGUGAUCGCUCAUUGCCAGAUCGUCCAAACUUUACUGAAACAUCCCCUAUGGAAAGUGAAACUAAGGAAAGGCCAGUCUCACCUGUAUCCAGCAGCGUGUCCGUCAAGAGUGAUCGAUCAUUGCCAGAUCAUCCAAACUUUUCUGAAACAUCCCCUGUGGAAAGUGAAACUAAGGAAAGGCCAGUCUCACCUGUAUCCAGCAGCGUGUCCGUCAAGAGUGAUCGCUCAUUGCCAGAUCCUCCAAACUUUACUGAAACAUCCCCUGUGGAAAGCCCGAAUUCCUCCUCAGCUGGACUGCCAAAGCAUCCAACUAGAACUGACAAAAGGAAAGAAAUACACCAUAAGAAAAGAGAUGACCCUGAGAAAACUUUUCUGAAAAGUCUCAAGUUAGAAAAUAAGAUUGCAGACUUUCUGCACAACAUCUUUCAGGAUCUUGAGAAUAAAAUGAUUGUGUUUAUAAAACAUGAGCUGGAGAUGUUUAAGAAAUGUCUAAAAAUACAAAACACAAAAUACUACCACAAUGUGAGGGAUGAUUUGUGGAGUGUAAAAGCAGCAGCUCUUGAUAUGACAUUGUACUUUCUGAAGUUGAUGGAACACAAUGACCUCGCUGAUGCACUCCAGGAUGCACUAAUAGAAGUUCAGCAGCGGGCACUCAAAGCAACCCUGCGUAAGAAGUACAAUUGUGUAUGCGAAGGAAUUGCAAAGCAAGGAGAGUCCAACAUUCUUAACAAGAUCUACACAGAUCUGUACAUCACUGCAGGUGGAAGUGGACAAAUGAAUGAACAACAUGAAGUGAGACAAAUUGAAAAGAAAAAAACUUGUGUGAAAACUGAAAGUCAAAUAGAGCAGGAGGAACAAAUUGAAUGCAAGAACAUGUUUGAACCAUCACCUGGAGAAGAAAAACCCAUCAGAACUGUGGUGACACAAGGGGUCGCUGGUAUCGGAAAAUCCAUCUGUGUGCAGAAGAUUGUUCUAGACUGGGCUGAAGGGAAAGAAUAUCAGGACAUAAAGUUCAUAUUUCCGCUGCCUUUCAGAGAACUGAAUUUAAAAGAAAAGGAAAGAUGCAGUUUGAGGGACAUCAUCUAUCAGUUUUUCCCAGAAACAAAAGGAAUGAGAUUCACAGACAAGUAUAAAGUCAUGUUCAUCUUUGAUGGACUGGAUGAGUGUCGACUUCCUCUAACAUUCCAUGGAAACCAAAAGUGGACUGAUGUAACAGAGAAAACCUCACUGGACACAAUAAUGACAAACCUCAUUGAAGGAAAUCUGCUUAAGUCUGCUCUCAUCUGGAUAACCACUCGACCAGCAGCAGCUGCUAAGAUCCCUGCUGAACGUGUGGACCGGGUCACAGAGGUACGUGGCUUCAAUGAUGAACAAAAGUUGGAGUACUUCAGAAAGAAAAUCAGUAAUAAGAGUCUGGCCAACAGAAUCAUUGAUCAUAUUAAAAGAUCAAGAAGUCUCUUCAUCAUGUGUCAUAUUCCAGUCUUCUGCUGGAUUUCAGCCACUGUACUUGAAGAUAUUUUGGGGAGAUCAGACUGUGAAGACAUUCCACAGACUCUGACGGAGAUGUACACAUGUUUUCUGAUCUUUCAGACCGUACAGGGGGACAAGAAAUACAAUAGAAAUAAUGCCUCAGACAUUCCAUGGGAUAAAAAGGGAAUUCUUUCACUGGGAAAGCUUGCCUUUAGUCACCUGGAAAAAAACAACCUGAUUUUCUAUGCAGAAGAUCUAAAAGACUGUGGAAUUGAUGCCAGUAACAUAUCGGUGUACUCAGGAGUGUGCACUCAGGAGACUGGCAGAUUUCUUGGCACAGUUUUCAGCUUUGUGCAUCUCAGCAUUCAGGAGUUCAUUGCUGCCUUGUUUACAUAUGUUUGUGUCCGAAAUGAAAAGAAGAAUGUUUUUGAGCCAUCAGAAGAGAAAAAAGAAACAAAUGUUAUUGAUUUGCUCAAGGUCACAGUGGACAAAGCUUUGGAGAGUGACAACGGACACUUGGAUCUUUUCCUCCGCUUCCUUCUGGGCCUCUCAGUGGAGUCUAAUCAGAAGCUCAUUCGAGGUCUACUGACUGACACAGGAAGCAGCUCAGACUGCCAAAAGGGCAUAGUUGAGUACAUCAAGUUAAAGUUUGAACAAAACCCAUCUCCAGAAAGAUCAAUCAAUCUGUUCUACUGUCUGAACGAGUUAAAUGAUGAUUCACUGGUGAAAGAGAUCCAAAGCUACAUGAGCUCAGGUCGUCUGUCUGAAGCUGAACUCUCACCUGCUCAGUGGUCUGCUCUGGUCUUUGUGUUGCUGACAUCAGAGGAGGAUCUGGAAGUGUUUGAGCUGAAGAAGUUCAUAAAAUCAGAUGAAUGCUUUAAGAGACUGUUACCAGUCGUCCAGGAAGCUACAAAAGUUCUGCUCAGUGAGUGUAACCUGACAGAGAGAAGCUGCAGGUCUUUAUACACAGUUCUCAGCUCAGAAUCUUCCAAGCUGACUGAGGUGGAUCUGAGCAGUAAUCCUCUGGGGGACUCAGGAGUGAAGCAGCUUUGUGCUGGACUGAAGAGUAAACUGGAGACUCUGAGACUUUCAUACUGCAGUGUAACAGAGGAAGGAUACACGGCUCUGUCUGAAGCUCUGAAAUCAUCUCACCUGAUAGAGCUGGAUCUCAGAGGGAACGACCCUGGAGCAUCAGGAGUGAAGCUGCUCACUGAUUUACUACAGGAUCCAGACUGUAAACUGAACACACUGAGAUUGUUGAAAAGUCCUGAAGCAGAGGAAGCUUUUAAACAUCUGCAUAAUGUUCUAGACACAAACCCCUUACUGCAGAGAGAACUGGAUCUCAGUAUGAAAAUAAAAGGAGACUCAGGAGUGAAGCAGCUCUCUGAUCUACUGAAUGAUUCACACUGCAGAGCUGAGAAACUUACGCUUAUUAAAUGUGACCUAAUGACAGAAAGCUGUACAACUUUGGCCAGAGUUCUCAGUUUACAGCCUUGUUUUCUAACUGAAUUGGACCUGAGUGAAAACAGCCUACAGAAUUCAGGGGUCAUGAAAUUAUCUGAAGGACUCAAGAAUCCAUGCUGUAAACUGAAGAUAUUAAGACUUUCAGACUGCAGUGUAACAGAGGAAGGAUACACUGCUCUGGCUGAAGCUCUGAAAUCAAACCCAUCAUCACAUAUGAUAGAGCUGGACCUCAGAGGGAACGACCCUGGAGACUCAGGAGUGAAAAUGCUUGAUGAUAUGCAAAAUAAUCAAAAUUACAAACUGAAAACACUUAGGUUGAUAAAAAGCUCUGCUGCACAGGAGGCCUGUAAAUGGCUGAAUUCAGUUGUACAUGAAAACACUUUACUCCUAAAAGAGCUAGAUCUGAGCAGGAAGGAAACAGGAGACUCAGGAAUGGAGAAGCUCUCAGUUCUGAUGAAAGACUCACACUGUAAAUUUCAGAAAAUAAAACUCAGUGAGUGUAACCUGACAGACAGAAGCUGCAGGUCUUUACACACAGUUCUCAGCUCAGAAUCCUCCAAGCUGACUGAGGUGGAUCUGAGCAGUAAUCCUCUGGGGGACUCAGGAGUGAAGCAGCUUUGUGCUGGACUGAAGAGUCCAAACUGUAAACUGGAGACUCUGAGACUUUCAGACUGCAGUAUAACAGAGGAAGGAUACAUCGCUCUGUCUGAAGCUCUGAAAUCAUCUCACCUGAUAGAGCUGGAUCUCAGAGGGAACGACCCUGGAGCAUCAGGAGUGAAGCUGCUCACUUUUUUACUACAGAAUACAGAGUGUAAACUGAACACACUGAGGCUGUUAAAAAGUCCUGAUGCAGUGAAGGCCUGUGAUUCUCUGACUGAGGUUCUGGGUACAAACCCCUUACUGCAGAGAGAACUGGAUCUGAGUGGGAAAAUAAAAGGAGACUCAGGAGUGAAGCAGCUCUCUGUUCUACUGAAGGAUUCACACUGCAGAACUGAGACACUUACGCUAAAGGUCUGUAGUAUUACAGAAGAAGGCUGUUCAGAUUUGUCUUCAUCUCUUUAUUUAAAUCCUGCACACAUAAGAGAGAUGGAUCUGAGUGAGAAUAAAUUUGGAAACUCUGGAGUGCAGAAGCUUUGUGUACUGCUGCAACAUCAAUCCUGUAACCUGCAGAUACUGAGACUUUCAGACUGCAGUAUAACAGAGGAAGGAUACAUCGCUCUGUCUGAAGCUCUGAAAUCAUCUCACCUGAUAGAGCUGGAUCUCAGAGGGAACGACCCUGGAGCAUUAGGAGUGAAGCUGCUCACUGAUUUACUACAGGAUCCAGACUGUAAACUGUCACUAAGAUUAUUGAAAAGUCCUGAAGCAGAGGAAGCCUUUAAACAUCUGCAUAAUGUUCUAAAAACAAACCCCUUACUGCAGAGAGAACUGGAUCUCAGUAUGAAAAUAAAAGGAGACUCAGGAGUGAAGCAGCUCUCUGAUCUACUGAAUGAUUCACACUGCAGAGCUGAGAAACUUACGCUUAUUAAAUGUGAUCUAAUGACAGAAAGCUGUACAACUUUGGCCAGAGUUCUCAGUUCACAGCCUUGUUUUCUAACUGAAUUGGACCUGAGUGAAAACAGCCUGCAGAAUUCAGGGGUCAUGGAAUUAUCUAAAGGACUCAAGAAUCCAUGCUGUACACUGAAGAUAUUAAGACUUUCAGACUGCAGUGUAACAGAGGAAGGAUACACUGCUCUGGCUGAAGCUCUGAAAUCAAACCCCUCAUCACACCUGAUAGAGCUGGACCUCAGAGGGAACGACCCUGGAGACUCAGGAGUGAAAAUGCUUGAUGAUAUCCAAAAUAAUCAAAAUUACAAACUGAAAACACUUAGGUUGAUAAAAAGCUCUGCUGCACAGGAGGCCUGUAAAUGGCUGAAUUCAGUUGUACAUGAAAACACUUUACUCCUAAAAGAGCUAGAUCUGAGCAGGAAGGAAACAGGAGACUCAGGAAUGAAGAAGCUCUCAGAUCUGAUGAAAGACUCACACUGUAAAUUUCAGAAAAUAAAGCUCAGUGAGUGUAACAUGACAGAGAGAAGCUGCAGGUCUUUACACACAGUUCUCAGCUCAGAAUCCUCCAAGCUGACUGAGGUGGAUCUGAGCAGUAAUCCUCUGGAGGACUCAGGAGUGAAGCAGCUUUGUGCUGGACUGAGGAGUCCAAACUGUAAACUGGAGACACUGAGACUUUCAGACUGCGGUAUAACAGAGGAAGGAUACAUUGCUCUGUCUGAAGCUCUGAAAUCAUCUCACCUGAUAGAGCUGGAUCUCAGAGGGAACAACCCUGGAGCAUCAGGAGUGAAGCUGCUCACUGAUUUACUACAGGAUCCAGACUGUAAACUAAACACACUGAGGUUGUUGAAGAGCUCUGCUGCACAGGAGGCCUGUACUUGGCUAAAUUCCACUAUAGGUACAAACUGUUUACUCCUAAAAGAGCUGGAUCUGAGCAGGAAUGAACCAGGAGACUCAGGAGUGAAGCAGCUCUCUGCUCUGAUGGAAGACUCUCACUGUAAAUUUCAGAUAAUUAAGCUGAAUAAAUGUAAUCUGACUGUGGAGAGCUGUUCAGCUUUAGCCAGCGCUCUGAAAUUCCAGUUCUGUAGUGUGAGAGAACUGGACCUGAGUGAAAACAGUCUGCAGGAUUCAGGAGUCACUCAGCUUUCUGCUGGACUGAAACAUCAACACUGUAAACUGGAGAUACUGAGGCUUAAAACAUGUGAUUUAAUGGAGGAAAGUUGUUCAGCUCUAGCUGAAGUUCUCAGUUCUGAAUAUUCCCAUCUGAGAGAACUGGACCUGAGUAACAACAGUCUGCAGGAUUCAGGAGUCACUCAGAUUUCUGCUGGACUGAAACAUCAACACUGUAACCUGGAGAUACUGAGGCUUAACACAUGUUCUAUAACUGAUGGAAGCAGUUCAGCUCUAGCUGAAGUUCUCAGUUCUGAAUAUUCCCAUCUGAGAGAACUGGACCUGAGUAACAACAGUCUGCAGGAUUCAGGAGUCACUCAGCUUUCUGCUGGACUGAAGAAUCCACAGUCUGCACUCACAAUACUGAGGUUAAUGGACAAUAAUAUCAGAGAGGAAGGAUACACUGUUCUGUCUGAAGCUCUGAAAUCAUAUCACCUGAUAGAGCUGGAUCUCAGAGGGAACGACCCUGGAGCAUCAGGAGUGAAGCGGCUCACUGAUUUACUACAGGAUCCAGACUGUAAACUGAACACACUGAGGUUGUUGAAAAGUUCUGCUGCACAGGAAGGUUGUGAUUUCCUUUCUAGAGUUCUGGGUGUGAACCCCUUACUGCAGAGAGAACUCAAUGUGAGUGAGAAAAUAUCUGGAGACUCGCAGGUGAAGCAGCUCUCUGCUCUUCUGGAGGAUUCACACUGCAGACCAGAGAGACUCAAGUUGUAUAAAUGCAGUCUCACUGAAGAUGACUGUACUGCUGUUGUAGCAGCUCUGAGAACAAACCCCUCACACCUCAAGGAGCUGGACCUGAGUGACAAUACAAUUGGAGACACAGGAGUGAAGCAGCUCUGUGAUCUACUGAAGACCUCAAACUGCAGUCUGGAGAAACUGAAAAUAAAUAACUGUAAUCUCACACAAACACAAUGUGGUGAUCUGGCUAAAGCUCUGGAAUCAAACUCCUCAUCACCUCUGAAAGAGCUGGAUCUCAGAGGGAACUACAGUGUGACAGGAUGGAACAUUUUUAGUUAUUUUAUAGGGAAUCCAAACUCUAAGCUGAUUUUGAGAAUUUUGAGUCCUGAAGCAGAAAAGGUCUGUGAUUCUCUGACUAAAGUUCUGGGUACAAACCCCUUACUGCAGAGAGAACUGGAUCUGAGUGGGAAAAUAUCUGGAGACUCUGAAGUGAAGCAGCUCUCUGUUCUACUGAAGGAUCCACAGUGUAGGACUGAGAAACUCAGGCUGAAUAAGAGCAGUGUUACAGACAGAGGCUGUACUGAUCUGAUAUCAGCUCUUACUUCAAACCCUUCACACCUGACAGAACUGGACCUGAGUGAGAACACACUGGGAAAUUCAGGAGCCAUUCAGAUCUCUACUCUACUAAAUAAGUCAUCCUGUAAACUACAGAAGCUUGUACUUUCAGACUGUAAUAUAACAGAGAAAGGAUACACUGCUGUGGUUAAAGCUCUGAAGUCAAACCACUCAUCACCCCUGAUAGAGCUGGACCUCAGAGGGAACGACCCUGGAGCAUCAGGAAUAAAGGAGCUUAGGGAUUUGAUGAAUGAUAAAAAAUAUAACCUGAAGACACUGAGGGUGUUGAAAAGUCCUGAAGCACAGAAAGCUUCUGAUCAUCUGACUGAAGUUCUGGGUAUAAACCCGAUACUGCAGACGGAUCUGAAUCUGAGUGGGAAAAUAAAUGGAGACUCAGAAGUAGAGCAGCUCUCUGUUUUACUGAAGGAUCCACACUGCAGACCUGAAACACUUCAACUCCGUGAGUGUAAUCUGACAGAGAAAGGAUGUUCAGCUCUGCUCACAGCUCUCAGAUCAGAACACUCCACCCUGAAGGAGCUGAAUCUGAGUAAGAACAGGAUUCAGGAUUCAGGAGUGAAGCUGCUCUCUGAGGAACUGAAGAAGAAACACUGUAAACUGGAGACUCUGAGGUUAAUGGACAAUAAUAUCAGAGAGGAAGGAUACACUGUUCUGUCUGAAGCUCUGAAAUCAUCUCACCUGAUAGAGCUGGAUCUCAGAGGGAACGACCCUGGAGCAUCAGGAGUGAAGCUGCUCACUGAUUUACUACAGGAUCCAGACUGUAAACUGAACACACUGAGGUUGUUGAAAAGUUCUGCUGCAAAGGAAGGUUGUGAUUUCCUUUCUAGAGCUCUGGGUGUGAACCCCUUACUGCAGAGAGAACUCAAUGUGAGUGAGAAAAUAUCUGGAGACUCGCAGGUGAAGCAGCUCUCUGCUCUUCUGGAGGAUUCACACUGCAGACCAGAGAUACUCAAAGUAAAUAACUGCAGGAUGACAAAUGAAGGUUGUGCUGCUCUGGUAUCAGCUCUGGGUUUAAACCCCUCACACCUGAGAGAGCUGGAGCUGAGUGGGAAUAAACUGGGAGGAUCAGGAAUGAAGGAGCUCUGUGAUGUGCUGAAGAAUCAACAACUCAAACUGCUGAAACUGGGGUUGUAUAAAUGCAGUCUCACUGAAGAUGACUGUACUGCUGUUGUAGCAGCUCUGAGAACAAUCCCCUCACACCUCAAGGAGCUGGACCUGAGUGACAAUACAAUUGGAGACACAGGAGUGAAGCAGCUCUGUGAUCUACUGAAGACCUCAAACUGCAGUCUGGAGAAACUGAAAAUAAAUAACUGUAAUCUCACACAAACACAAUGUGGUGAUCUGGCUAAAGCUCUGGAAUCAAACUCCUCAUCACCUCUGAAAGAGCUGGAGCUCAGAGGGAACUACAGUGUGUCAGGGUGGAACAUUUUUAGUUAUUUUAUAGGGAAUCCAAACUCUAAGUUGAUUUUGAGAAUUUUGAGUCCUGAAGCAGAAAAGGUCUGUGAUUAUCUGACUAAAGUUCUGGGUACAAACCCCUUACUGUUGAGGGAACUGGAUCUGAGAGGGAAAAUAUCUGGAGACUCUGAAGUGAAGCAGCUCUCUGUUCUACUGAAGGAUCCACAGUGUAGGACUGAGAAACUCAGGCUGAAUAAGAGCAGUGUUACAGACAGCGGCUGUACUGAUCUGAUAUCAGCUCUUACUUCAAACCCUUCACACCUGACAGAACUGGACCUGAGUGAGAACACACUGGGAAAUUCAGGAGCCAUUCAGAUCUCUACUCUACUAAAUAAGUCAUCCUGUAAACUCCAGAAGCUUGUACUUUCAGACUGCAAUAUAACAGAGAAAGGAUACACUGAUAUGGUUAAAGCUCUGAAGUCAAACCACUCAUCACUCCUGAUAGAGCUGGACCUCAGAGGGAACGACCCUGGAGCAUCAGGAAUAAAGGAGCUUAGGGAUUUGAUGAAUGAUAAAAAAUGUAAACUGAAGACACUGAGGGUGUUAAAAAGUCCUGAAGCACAGAAAGCUUCUGAUCAUCUGACUAAAGUUCUGGGUAUAAACCCGAUACUGCAGACGGAUCUGAAUCUGAGUGGGAAAAUAAAAGGAGACUCAGAAGUAGAGCAGCUAUCUGUUUUACUGAAGGAUCCACACUGCAGACCUGAAACACUUCAACUCAGUGAGUGUAAUCUGACAGAGAAAGGAUGUUCAGCUCUGCUCACAGCUCUCAGAUCAGAACACUCCACCCUGAAGGAGCUGAAUCUGAGUAAGAACAGGAUUCAGGAUUCAGGAGUGAAGCUGCUCUCUGAGGAACUGAAGAAUAAACACUGUAAACUGGAGAUUCUGAGACUUUCAGACUGCAGUAUAACAGAGGAAGGAUACACUUUUCUGGCUGAAGCUCUGAGACAGAAUUCAUCAUCACACCUGAGAGAGCUGGAUCUCAGAGGGAACGACCCUGGAGCUUCAGGAGUGAAACUACUUACUGACAACAAAGUUUACAACCUGAAGCUUAGGUUGUUAAAAAGUCCUGAUGCAGAGGAAGCCUACACGUGUCUUACAGACAUGUUCAGUAAGAACCCCUUACUGCACACGGAGCUGGAUCUGAGCACCAAAACACCAAAGAAUAUCAAAGUGAAGCAGCUUUCAGCUCUGCUGCAGGAUCCACAUUACAGACUGCAGAAACUUGUGUUGUAUAAAUGCAGUCUCACUAAAGAUGACUGUACUGCUGUUGUAGCAGCUCUGAGAACAAACCCCUCACACCUCAAGGAGCUGAACCUGAGUGACAAUAAAAUUGGAGACACAGGAGUGAAGCAGCUCUGUGAUCUACUGAAGACCUCAAACUGCAGUCUGGAGAAACUGCAAAUAAAUAACUGUAAUCUCACACAAACACAAUGUGGUGAUCUGGCUAAAGCUCUGGAAUCAAACUCCUCAUCACCUCUGAAAGAGCUGGAGCUCAGAGGGAACUACAGUGUGUCAGAUUGGAACAUUUUUAGUUAUUUUAUAGGGAAUCCAAACUCUAAGUUGAUUUUGAGAAUUUUGAGUCCUGAAGCAGAAAAGGUCUGUGAUUCUCUGACUGAGGUUCUGGGUACAAACCCCUUACUGCAGAGAGAACUGGAUCUGAGUGGGAAAAUAUCUGGAGACUCUGGAGUGAAGCAGCUCUCUGUUUUACUGAAGGAUCCACAGUGUAGGACUGAGAAACUCAGGCUGAAUAAGAGCAGUGUUACAGACAGAGGCUGUACUGAUCUGAUAUCAGCUCUUACUUCAAACCCUUCACACCUGACAGAACUGGACCUGAGUGAGAACACACUGGGAAAUUCAGGAGCCAUUCAGAUCUCUACUCUACUAAAUAAGUCAUCCUGUAAACUCCAGAAGCUUGUACUUUCAGACUGCAAUAUAACAGAGAAAGGAUACACUGAUAUGGUUAAAGCUCUGAAGUCAAACCACUCAUCACUCCUGAUAGAGCUGGACCUCAGAGGGAACGACCCUGGAGCAUCAGGAAUAAAGGAGCUUAGGGAUUUGAUGAAUGAUAAAAAAUAUAAACUGAAGACACUGAGGGUGUUGAAAAGUCCUGAAGCACAGAAAGCUUCUGAUCAUCUGACUGGAGUUUUGCGUAGAAACCCGAUACUGCAGAUGGAUCUGAAUCUGAGUGGGAAAAUAAAAGGAGACUCAGAAGUAGAGCAGCUUUCUGUUUUACUGAAGGAUCCACACUGCAGACCUGAAACACUUCAACUCAGUGAGUGUAAUCUGACAGAGAAAGGAUGUUCAGCUCUGCUCACAGCUCUCAGAUCAGAACACUCCACCCUGAAGGAGCUGAAUCUGAGUAAGAACAGGAUUCAGGAUUCAGGAGUGAAGCUGCUCUCUGAGGAACUGAAGAAGAAACACUGUAAACUGGAGACUCUGAGACUUUCAGACUGCAGUAUAACAGAGGAAGGAUACACUUUUCUGGCUGAAGCUCUGAGACAGAAUUCAUCAUCACACCUGAGAGAGCUGGAUCUCAGAGGGAACGACCCUGGAGCUUCAGGAGUGAAACUACUUACUGACAACAAAGUUUCUAACCUGACACUGAGGUUGUUAAAAAGUCCUGAUGCAGAGGAAGCCUACACGUGUCUUACAAAAAUGUUCAAUAAGAACCCCUUACUGCAAACGGAGCUGGAUCUGAGCACCAAAACACCAAAGAACAUCAACGUGAAGCAGCUUUCAGCUCUGCUGCAGUAUCCACAUUACAGACUGCAAAAACUUGCGUUGUAUAAGAAAGACAGUAUGACAGAUGAUGACUGCUCAGAUGUGUUUUCUGCUCUGGUUUUAAACCCUUCACACCUGAGAGAUCUGAAUUUGAACUGUAAAAAACCAGGAGAGUCUGGACUGAGAAAUCUGUGUGAUUUCCUGAAGAAUCCUAAAUGUAAACUGCAGACACUAAAACUAUGUUACAGUGUAAAAGGUGAAUCAUCCUGUGCUGAUGUGGCUUCAGCUCUCUGUACAAAUCCAUCACACAUCAGAGAGCUGGAUCUGAGUGAGUGUGAACUGGGAGACUCAGGAGUGAAGAAGCUCUGUGAUCUACUGAAGAUACACGAGUGUAAACUGGAGAAACUGCUGUUAAAGAAGUGCAGCAUAACAGAUGGAGAUGUUGCUGCUCUGACUGAAGCUCUGAGGUCAAACUCCUCUUGUCUGAAAGAGCUCGAUCUGAGAGAGAAUAAACUAACAGAUUCAACAGUAAAUCUGCUCUCUGAGAUACUGGAGAGUUCAGGAGGACAGUUAAUGUAUGACAGGAAAGCAUGGUAUCAAAAACCAUUGAGUUGGUUUACUGAUCGUACGUCUAAUAAACAGCCGACUUCGGAACCUGACCCCUCUACAGUAAAGACGGAACAAAGAGAUGAAGAAAUAAAAGACACACACUGGGGAGGAAGCAGUGUGGACCAGGACAGCUGUAGUACAGACACUGACAUCAGAAGCCCAGAGACUUCAGGCAGUUCAUAUAUGACACCAGAGAACAGUACAGAAGUACACGACACAAACACAAGUAAUUCACCAAGAAACUACAAGAAAAAGGGACACAAAAAGCGCUCAAACAUCCAAAUCACAAAAGAUACUAGAUAAUGACAACAAUUUAAACUAACUCAACAAUGAAGGACAGAAGACGCCUCAGCAGACCGUGACACUCGAAUCCUACUAAUACAAAACUACACUGUAAUCCCCAAAUAUAAGUAAGACCAAAAUUAAAGGAGGAACUUCAGCUGUACAGAUAAGGGAUUCAGUCAGGAGGUCAUUAUGUAGUACAAGUGUACAGGGUACAUGGAUUAUACCAUACUGCAGAAAAACAAUUAAACAGCACAACUCACAAACAUCAACUAAAAUAAACUAAAAGUCUAACUUAAACUAAAAUACUGAUAUAUUUAUGAAAUAAAAUAAUGAUCUAUUACACUUCACAGCCAUAGACACUACUGACAGACACCAAGCUGAUGGAAAGGAGCAAACUGGUUCCAAUAGAAAGUGAACACAAAAAGAGCAGUGAUUUCUGGACCACAAUUUCUUUCUUAAAAUGUCUUUGUGCUGUCUUUUCUUGACCUCUGUCCUGUCCUAUUUAUUAGUAUUACAGGUGAUAAGUUACUGUUCCAUGAGGGAAUAAGGUUUAGUCUCACACUUAGUCUCACUCAUACUCCAACAUGCUUCACCAACAUGCUGCCUGCCUUCUCUACAAGUGUCUGAUAACAUCUAAUGCAGUUUGUUUAUUUUGAACAGAUGUACAAUUGGAUUAGACUUUUUAUUUACUGCCUGAAGUUAAAUAUUCUAGUGACUCAAAUCAGCAUCAAUUAUAUUUUUAUUUAAUAUAUUUGGUCCAAACCAAAUGAUUUUUUUCCAAUUGUGUGAGAGAUAUUUCAGAUGUACAGGAAGUCCUCCAGAGAAUUCAGGGUUCAACUUCCUGUACUUCCUGUGAGUAUGUACUGCUGGACCAAGAGCUUCGAUCCCACACCUUCUGUAUCCUAUUGAGAGCUCUGAGUUUGUGUAUAUGAAAUGAUUUAAAUGUGUUCAGUGUGUAGAUCCAUUUUUGUAAACAGAUGAAGGACUAAACUGAACUGAUGUGGUUUUGAAUUGAACUGAAUUUGAUGAAUGAGAAGUGUAAUGUACCUGAAUAAAGUAGUAAACAUUCA